GCUAGUAGAAUAGCGUAAAAAUGUCCAAAACUAGGGCAUGCAUUUGAAAUUGUUCGGAAUUAUCACAAGGGAAUCGCGACCCAGUAGACAUUUUAGAUCCUCCGGAAAAUAUUUGAUUAGCUCUAUAGAUUAUUAACAAGGUUUUUUGAAGUUUUCUAAACGGGAAUGUCAAUAUGAUAGGAAACCCUGAAAGACCUUCAGCUGUAGCAGCAUGAUGGAAAAUGCGGACGCAAACAUUACUCCAUUCUACAAUAUACCGAAGCAAGGAUUUCUUCCUCCACUACCCAAUGAUCAAAAUGUUUCAAAUUUACAUAUCAUUUAUUCAAGAGCAAAACUACUGUACUGUCAACAACAAUACAUCUCAAUACCUGCAGAAAAGACAGUUUCGCCCAUCGGGAAAUGAGCUCCGCAGCUUAACACAAAGUGCUGUAUGCAGAAACCGUAGGUAUUUCAUUUGUGGUUUUCCCCCUUUUGAUGGAAUUAUUUCGGUACUACAUUUGAGGAGUUUUUCUGGUUAUUCAGAUACAAAUUCCAAGCAAUGCUCUGUUAUUAGGGCAGUCUCUUCAGUUGGGUCAGACUCUCAGGAUGGGUCAAAACCAGAGGAUGAUGCCAACGAGCAUACCGUGGCUGGUAAUUCCAGAAGAAUUUGUGAACUUGUAAAACUAGGUGAAGAAAUAAUGGAAAAUAAACUCACUGAGAUGAAUGUUAGACUAUCCCCACAAUUAGUUCUAAAAGUUAUCAGAAAUACAUCAAAACAUGCAAAUUCGGCAUUAAGGUUUUUCACAUGGGCAAAAUCUCAGCCUCAAUAUAGUCAUAACUCUGCUGCCUAUAAUGAGAUUAUCAACAUAGCUGGGGGUAGCGGGGACUUUGAAGCAGUUGGUUCUUUGAUAGAAGAAAUGGUAGCAAAAGGGUAUUCAUUGAUGGAGAGGGCAUUCUCAUUUACACUUUCCUGUCGUUCUAUAAGGCGUGUCACUGAAAACUUGGUGAAUAUAUUUGGUAAAUUGGAGCGUUUGGCUCGAUUGACUGCAUUUUACAGUCUCUUAUGUUUUCUCCACAGGCAAAAAUUUCUUGCUAUUGCAAAUUGGGUUUUACAACAAAUGGCUGAUAGAGGGCAAUAUUUAAGUGUAUCUUAUUUUAAUGCCUUAAUUGCUGCAAGAUGUCUGCGGAGACAAAUUUUGGAGGCCAAAAUGCUUCUUGACGAGAUGAAGAAAUAUGGAUGUGAGCCAAAUACAAAUUCAUAUAAUUACCUUAUAGGUACCUUAUGCAAAAUGGGAAAGAUUGCUGAUGUUUGUCAGCUGCUUGAUUUGAUGGAGAAGUCGGGCCAUCAGCCAGAUCCUAUUACUUAUGAGAUACUGAUUUGCCAUGCUUGUAAAUCGAAUGAAAUAUAUGGUGCUCUUGAAUUUCUCAAUAAAAUGAUUGCAGAAGGUUUGAGACCACGGUUUAGUACAUAUGCUGCUUUCAUUAAGGGAUACUUCCGCACUAAACAGUUUGAAGAGGCCUAUAGUUUCUUAGUUGAAACUAGUAAGAAGGAUCCAUCUGCAGAUUCGAUGAAUUAUAUGUUACUUGCAAGCUUAUUUCAGAAGUCAGAGAUGAUGAUUGAGGCCCAGAGUGUGUUGCUUAAAAUGAUUGAGAAGGGCCUCAUUCCCAAGUUUUCACUUUGCAAGAAAGUCAGCACAAGUCUUUCUCAAAAUGGUAAGCAAGAAAUGGCGCAAGAGCUCCAGUGCAAAUUUGCUGAGAUCAGAAAUACUCUAAGGAAAAGCACGCCAUCAGGCAAAAGCAUGUCAAAAUCUAGCCCUACAGAUGACUCAACAUGACAUUUCCUGUCAGAUGUGUGUACAAAAGACUUUGAGUUUGUCAAUCUGGAAAGCAUUGUGCAGUACCUAACUUUUGCUGUCAUGUGGAUCCAGCAUUGUUCAGCGCCCAACUUUUGCUGUCAUGUUGAUCCAGCAUUGUUCAGUGUCCAACUUUUGCUGUCAUGUGGAUUUUUGGAGGCUACGAGUGAAAUGAAGAAAUUGCAGUAAAGAGUACAAUCUAUACUGCAAGUUAAGAUGAUUCUUGCUAGGACUUUCAGAGGGUGCUGUUUCAAUGAAGAUAUUCUACCAUCUGGAAAACCUACUCCUGGAGGCUUAUGUUGUGCAUUGCCUGCAAGGUAGCACCUGUGUAUUCACGCAAGAGGCUCAGGACUUUUCAUAUGCUGCUGGACUAUCAUGUUCUAUUAUAACGGAGUUUCCUUCUAAAAUGCUAGUUUGGAGCCGUGAUAUGCUUCAGGUUUCUCUUACCAUAUGAAUCCUCAGAAGGAGUGGUUUUCGAGAUAUACAACCUAUGAUGGAGGAGUUUUUCCCUAGAUACAAUAUUAACAAGUGAAUUUAUUGGUAAAUGAAAGGUACAAUUGUGUUUAAAUGAUGGAAGGGCUAAAAACUCUUAUGAUGUUUUGUAUGUCCCAAGACAUCUAAGAAUUUUAUUUAUCUAUCCAAUUUAAAUUACUAUGGUGAAAAUAUGACAUUUGGCAAGCUUGGUUGCAUGUUGAGAAGAGAGAACUUGGUGAUUGAUAGAGGAUCUUAGAUUGAAACCUUACGUAGGUUGAAUGCCUCCACAUUUUGUAAUUCUACCAAUGUAACUUGCAUUGAAAAUGCUUGUAUAUUAUGACACUAAUGUUUGGGUCAUACAAGUUAAAAACUUCUUAGGACCAUUGCUAAUAAAAGGUUGGUUGAUGAUUU